ACCUGACCUGAACUAGGCCUAGGUUAGUUUGUAUAAAAGUAGAAAGCAUUCGUUGAAUGCUCAUCAGAUGGUCGACAUACGUCAAAGCGAUAACAAGAUGGAACAGAGUGCAAAUCUUUAUCUACCGAAUUUCUAUACACAGCUGGCAUCUGGUUCGACUUUUGCUGACCAUCGCACGGAGAAGACAAUGCCACAUCAUCGGUAUUAUCAACAACAUCAUCAUCUACAUCAGCAGCAGCAGCAUACCCAACAUCAUGACAAGCCGGAGCAAAUCGAUCAAUUGGUGGCCCUGGAAUUGCAGCAUCUAAAGACGCACUACGCCGACGAGGAGCAACGCUAUGUGGAUCAAAUGUUAAUUGAAAAUCCAGUGGUAGUGGAACGACGAUCACCAGCUGUGGUCAGCAGCCCAUCCGCGACCAGUAUACCCACGGCACAGAAAAGCAGAUCACAUGGCUCCCGCGAUGAUGCACAGCGUCAGCGGGCGGAAUCCUGUCGCAAAUCCCGCUACAAUAACAAAAUCAAAAAGGCCAAAUUACGUUUCCGUCACAAGUUCGUUUGCAGUCAAUUGAACGAAAGCGCCGGAGUCUUGGAUUACAUGCGAGAGGUGAUUGCCCAGGCGGAGACACAGCUCCUGGCACGAGGCUUCAAUCGAGUGGCCUUGGAACGCAUGCGUCAGACUUUUGGAGUGAAUCAGUGCAACGGCUCAGCGGAUAUAAUGGACCAGUGAGCCACCGUUCAACCAGUUUAAACGAAACCAAAACAAGAAAUUCAGUCUGUUUUUCUAACUAUAUAGUUUAUAUAUAUUUUUUUUUAUUUUAUUGUUGAUUACAUUUUAUGCAUAGUUUGUAAAGUAUUAAAGAAAAAACAAAACUUGAUAA